AUGCUGUGGAUCGUUACGUUCAUGUUCGUUGCGCCUGCUUGUAUCAAACUGUCGUAUAGUCAAAUCGUACAACCGAAUUUUCGUUCAUCGGAUGUUGAAUUACAUCCGAGUCUAAUGGUAAUGAAUUCGACUAGUUAUGCUCAUUUCUACUGUACAAAUUACCAUCCUGAGAAUUUACCGCUAGUAGUGAGUCUAUCGAGGAAUAUCUCGAACAAGCUUUUGAAGCUGUCCACGUAUCAAGUGAAUGAAACAACCACGAAGAUUAUACUUCACUCGAAAAGAUUCAUUGGUAUUUUCUACUUGUUCUGUUACAAGAAAGAUAACGAACAGCGCGGAACUCGCGCUGAUGUUAUCGUUAAAGCGGAUGCUGGCCUACUUCGAUUAGCUCGACGGUGUCAAGUCUACCAUCGAAAGUAUAUUAAAUGUACUCUUCGAGCGUCGACAUUGGCGCGUGCAAUACAAAAUGGUUUUUCACCAGAAAUUGAAUUUAUUGAAAAUACAGAGGCACGAUCCUAUAAGGAAGAUUAUGAAUUCUUGAAGAAUGAAAGUACGAAUAAUUAUUUGGUAUUCAGGCUAGAGCCAAUGGUCGAGGGCCAAUUUCCAGCUGGAGUGAAGAUGAAUAUCAAAAUAACUUUACCAUACUUCGGUACAUCACAGUAUCGUUUUGAUAUGACCCCGACGUUCGUGAUUCAACCUAAUUUUACUGCACACGCUGUUUCGAAAAACAAGGUCGAAAUUCACCUGAUCCCUAAUUCUCCACCGGCAAUCUGUCAACAGGCAAUUCAAUUGAAGUCCAAUGCAACUAAAAAACCGGCAUGGAAAAUUCUCCAUCCGGGUCGCACUCAAUACUUCAUAGAUAAAUCUCUCCUCCGUACCAUUUAUCAAGUAUGUGUCAGAUGUCGACAAACAUCAAAUGAGUCGUAUAGUCAAGAAGAAUGCCAAGAUAUCGUUCUAUCACCGAAAUACAAUUCAUGGAAAAACAUUGUCAUUCCGGUUGGCAUCAUUCUAUCAAUAAUUCUUGUAAUUCUCGCAUCGAUUCGACUUUACAUUUGGAUCUCCGAGAAAAGAGCCGAAAAACAGCCAAAACCUACUCAGUUGGCUGCAGAAACAUUGGUACUGAAUAAUGGCAACAUCGAUAGAUGUUCGAAAGUUACCGAUCGCUAUGAUCAAGUCAUAUUCGAUAACGAGUCAUCGUUCAUAACUGAAACGGAAUCACAGUUAACACCGGACACGUAUCAACCAUUGUAUGUCAAAUGA